AUGAUUGUGGGAAAAUUCUUCUUCUACCAGUCCUGCAUCACUUCAAACGAAAUUGGAUCUAUCCAGCUUCUUCAAGGUGGGCUGUUAGUCUCGAGCCAAAUUCACCAUAGAAUCGCUUUCAUGUUCAUUCUCUUUUCCUCCGAUCAGCGACAGCUCUCCUCGACUCGACGACCUCGGCCAGCACCGGGGCUUGACUCCGCUUCUUCCACUCACUCCUCGCCUCGCGCCAACUCCCACCGAAGUCGCUCAGUCGACUGUCUUCCUCAAGAGCACAGCAACAGCCCCGACAAGCCGUCACUGGGCUUCGCAACAGGCACACCUUUUCUGACGUACAGGUCACUCGGACUCAGUCCCGCGGCCAACUGCGCUCCAGCCUUAUUGUCCUGUCGAGCAGCUCAACAGCAAAUUGUCCAAGAAAAGUUGGCUUUCGAGGAGUCUCAUGUUUCAUAA